AUGAGUAAAGUACAAGGUCUACUUCAAUGGUGUCAAUGUGCGACUAAAGGAUAUGAAGGAGUGAAUGUGACGAACUUCACGACAUCAUGGAAGGAUGGGAAAGCGUUUUGUGCACUGUUUCACUACUACCAUCCCGAAGUCAUUGAUUUUGAGAAAACCAAAACACAAGACUCCCACCAGAAUUUAGAAAUGGCUUUUGCUGCUGGGGACAAACUUGGUGUUCCACGAAUGAUGGAUGUCGAAGACUUCGACGUCGAUGUUCCUGAUAAAUUGAGUGUAGUCACAUGUAUCGGUGUUAUUCAACCUUAUAUCGACUCUCAAGCACCUCCAACGACUGACGAGCAACCACAAAAGUCUCCAUCACCACAAAACAAACAAUACCAACUGUAUUCGUCCCAAGGUGCACCAAAAAGAAGAGCUACAGUGGCUUCAGCUGCUGAGGCGAUUCGAAAGGCUAAAACUGUAAUGACGUGUGAAGCGUGCAACAAACCUAUUAUAGGGUCUGCCCCCCUUGAAAUUAAAGGAAAGAAGUACCACACCCACUGCUUCAACUGUAAAAAGUGUGGGAAACGCCUUGAAGAGAAGUCGUUUGUUACUAUUGAUAUGUCCAAUUACUGUCUUGAAUGUGGUAAAAUAGUGUUCUUUGAAAAUAAGAAGCGUAAGGCUGCGUUGUUGGCGAGUGCGUCACCCACUGCGUCGUCUCCAAAACCAGAAAAGCCGGAAGAAGUCGAGUCACCAAAGCCAAAGCCCGAGUUGACAACACCGGAGCCGAUUGUUUCAGACGUGAAAGAAGAAGUCAGUGCAGUGAAGAGUGCAAAUGAAGUACCAAAGGACAAACCUGUAGUACAAGAGAAGCAAAUUCAACACGAAAAAGAGGCGGAAAAAUCGCCCAAGUUAUCACCCCUCUUUAAAACACCAUCCCCCACUCUUAAUACUCAAGUGGUCGAAGCUCCUCUUAAAAGUCCCUCUCCAAAAGUUGUCCCAGAGAAAAGUGUCUCACCAAAAGUCACUGAAAAACAACAGGAAACAGUUGUCUCCCCGGGUAGAAUUCCAUCACCAAAGGUCGAAGCUUUAAAAGCGAACUUCCAAUCGAAGAGUCCUGUGAACAAAAUAUUGGGAGUGAGCGCCCCACUCAUGGAAAAGGCUAAGGAAGUGUCACAGCCAAAAGAAACGUGGAAACAGAAGAGUGAGCGCCUUGCACGGGAGAAGCAAGAAAAGGAGAAACAAGAGCAACUUGCACGAGACGAGAAGAUGAAGAAACUGUUUGGGAGUAAAGCGUCUGUUGGAAGCAAACCACAAGGACAAGUGGUGGUACCGAUGAAUGGAACAAGUCCACGAUCGAGUUUACAGAACUUAGGAACUACAGGACAACCGAAACCAAUAGAAAUGAAUCAAGAAAAAAGAAAGUCAUUUGAUGUGAGUGAGAAGAGUAAGGGAACUACUACGGUCUUACCAACUCCAAUCAAUGAGAAAUCAAAUAAAGAAGAAAAACUUAACGCUAAAACUAUUAAUUUGGCUAAAAAAUUGAACGGAGCUACUACUAUUAAAAACGUAGUGGAAAAUAUCACUGCAACGUACUCACCAUCAAAAAGCCCUAAUAACUUCAUUGACGUCGAAGGAGACUGGGUCCCUCAUAACGUCGAGAGAAAAGCUCAAGCACCCAUCCCACAACAGAAAAUACUCGGAGACGCUGAAGAACAAAAACAAACAAAUGUCAUCAAAAUCGAUAUGCCAAAACCUAUUCUGGCAACUUGGCAAUUCUAUGUUGGGAUGUUGUCAGUCAUUGUCGCUGCAAUGGCGGUCGGAUAUGUCCUUUUUAAAAACUGA